UUUAAGAUGGCGUCUCCUGCAAAGGUGACUGGGGGUGGGAAGCUGAUUCUCAUCAGCGGGGACGGGGAGAGACACGAGGUCAGCAGAGAGACGGCAAAGAUAUUUAGAGCCCUGGAAACAAUGAUAGAAAGUCUUGGAGAUAAAGAAGAGCUGGUCGAGCCUAUUCCCCUUCCCAACGUUAGUGGGAGUGUCUUGGGUAGAAUGAUAGCCUGGUCUGAACAUCACGUGACCACAUGUUCAUUUUCGGCCGAGGCUCCGCCCAGUUCUCCGAUAAACAGCGAAGUACCUGUGCAGCCUGUGGUGAGGCCUAAAGUACCGAAGAGACGUCAGCCUCAGUUCCCACCUCCUGACGUGGUCCCUACCGCAUGGGAGAAGGAUUUCCUUGAGAGGAACAGAGAGGAUUUAUACGAUUUAUUAUUAGCCGCCAAUUACUUAGACGUUAAGAGACUGAUGGACUUGCUCUGUGCUCGUGUGGCUGAUCUAAUUAAAGGGAAAGACCCGGCAAAGAUACGAAAAACUUUCCACGUUCCGGAACCUUCGUGAUAUGAAUUGAGAUUCACAAAUUUUUAAUGUAUUUAUGUGUGCUAAAUAUAAUUUAAUUUUUAAAAGAAACUACACGAAUCAAACAAUUUGCAGAUUGCCAAAAAGAGAGAAUGAUCCUUCGCUAUAAUUAUGGUAUCAAAUGGACUUGAGAGUCUUUCAAAUAGUGAUUUUCAUAAUUUAUUGGUUUUCAAUC